AGGUGGCGUUUGAUCCAACUCUGGCCUCCCUGUUUGCGAGUAGUGUGCGUAUACACCAGGCCGCGAGAACUUCUACAAGGCUCAAUGUUGAGACGGGGGAACUAAGAUAAUGCACAGUUGGGCCCUGUGAAGCUCCCUCCGAAAUCGCGCUAUCAAGACGUCUUGGAAAAACCGUCUCGUGACGACUUGAGCGAUGAAUCAGAGCUGGAUUCCGUUGGCGAGGAAGGAACGAGCGAAGAUGAGCCUGAGGAUAAGGAUCAGGCAGGGGUUGAUGAAGACUCCGGUGUCUCUUCCGACGACGAAACGUCGCCUUCUAAGUUUGGAGGCGACGAUAAUGAUAUCCUAGCGAAGCUGCAGGAGUCCGUUAAGAACGGGGACCGGUCGACCAAGAAGCGGAAACGGCCCGACAAAGAUGACGAAUUGGAAGAUGCAUAUAUGCGGAAGCUGGUACGUGAAGAGGUCAAGGAGGAAGAAAAGAGGAAGAAGAAAAAGAAGCAGAGGGCAGAAAGCAGUGACGAUUUUGAAGCGGAAGUCGAUGGCGCUAAAGCCUUUGAAGAUUUAGACGAUGAACCAUACACAAUACCUAAGCACGAGACGCAGGUGGAAUCAAAAAGUACCGUCGAGGAGGAAGAGAAGGCCUCUCGAACCGUCUUUCUCGGAAACGUGUCAAGUCAGGCUAUUACCUCGAAACCAGCCCACAAGACGUUGAUGCGCCACCUGGCUUCUUUCAUCUCUGAUUUAGCAGACCAUAACCCUCCUCACAAAGUUGAAUCUCUUCGAUUUCGAUCUACCGCCUUCGCCAGUGCGUUGCCAAAGAAAGCCGCCUUCGCUAAGAAGGAGAUCAUGGACGCCACUACGAAGAGCACCAACGCAUACGCCGUGUAUUCCACCCAAAUUGCGGCAAGAGAAUCUGUAAGGCGACUCAAUGGCACCAUUGUCCUUGACCGCCAUCUCCGCGUCGACUCGAUAGCUCACCCAGCGAAACAAGACCAUCGCCGCUGCGUCUUCGUUGGGAACCUCGGCUUCGUGGAUGACGAGAGCACUCUUAACGCCAGCGAGGACGGCAAGGAGAAGAAGAACAAGCCUCCAGGAGACGUAGAAGAAGGGCUCUGGGUCCAUUUCGGCAAAGCCGGCAAAGUCGAAAGUGUUCGCGUGAUCCGCGAUUCGAAAACCAGAGUCGGCAAAGGCUUCGCAUAUGUCCAAUUCGAAGACGAGAAUGCCGUCGAAGCCGCCUUACAAUACAACGACCAGAAGUUCCCACCUCUACUCCCUCGUAAAUUGCGAGUCGUGCGAGCCAAAGGCAUGAAGCGCCGUCUCGACAAGAACCCUGCUGCGUCUCUAACAGCAAAGCCCCAACAUCCAAAGGCCAAGAGCGUAUAUAACGCUAAAGUCACUGGUGAGCAGAAAUCACGGCUUGGUCGUGCUCGCGCUAUGCUUGGAAAAGCAGGUGCAUUCAAAUCGGCCGAGUCUUUCGUAUUCGAGGGUCAUCGGGCAAGUAGCAAGCAAGGUACGAGUGGGUUGAAACUGGGUGGUAAGAAGAAGGGAGGGAAGCCCAAAACGAGAAGUAGCAAGAGAGGGGCAGCAUGGAAAGCAGCUGGUGGGAAAAAGCAAGGGAAGUAAAUGCCGCUGAU